GAAGAGGGAAUUUUGCGAGAAGAUCGGUUCUUUUCCUGAGAAAAGUUGAAAUUUCCUCAUUCGGGGAAGUUUCAACUCCGGGCGAUGACUUAGAGCGAAGACCUCCAAAAGAGGCUUCGUCUUUCUGGUUUCCCUGAUCGACGCUGUCCGAGGUUCGAAGCUCUGGUUAUGGCGGAUAAACAGCUGACCGUCGUCGUCGAAGGCACUGCCGCAUUGGGUCCCUAUUGGCAGACCAUCGUCUCAGAUUAUCUCGAGAAGAUCAUCAGGUCCUUCUGUGACAUAGAGAAUGGACAGAGGGUUCCUGCUUCUAACUUUGAGCUAUCGCUGGUCACCUUUAAUUCCCAUGGUUCAUAUUGUGCUUGUCUGGUACAAAGGAGUGGUUGGACAAGAAACAUUGAUAUGUUUAUACAAUGGCUGUCUUCGAUACAAUUUUCUGGUGGCGGUUUCAAUGAGGCUGCCACAGCUGAAGGGCUUGCUGAAGCAUUGAUGAUGUUUUCUCCUCCUUCAGGCCAAGCUCAACCGAGUAAUGACUUCAAAAGGCACUGUAUCUUAAUUGCGGCCAGCAACCCUCACACAUUGCCAACACCAGUCUUUCGCCCACAGUUGCAAAAUGUGGAAAGGGGUGAAAAUGGCGAAGUGCAGUCUGAAAGCCGUUUGUCAGAUGCAGAGACAGUGGCCAAAUAUUUUUCUAGGUGUUCUGUUUCUCUGUCUGUCAUUUGUCCGAAGCAGCUCCCAAAGAUCAGAGCGAUAUACAAUGCGGGGAAGUUCAAUCCACAAGGCGCAGACCUGUCAAUUGAAACUGUUAAGAACCCAUUCUAUCUUGUCCUAAUCUCGGAGAAUUUUUUGGAGGCACGUGCUGCUUUAAGCCAUACUGCAACAAAUCUGCCACAGAUCCAGAGCCCUUUGAAAGUGGACAGGACUACAAUUGCUCCACCUCCUGUUACUGGGCAACCACAAGCUCCUGUUGCAUCAGCAAAUGGAUCCGUUCUGACCCGGCAAUCAGUUUCUGUUGGAGCCAUACCUAAUGCUACUGUUAAAGUGGAACCUAGCACUGUAACUUCCAUGGCCUCCCAUCCAAGUUUCCCCUGUAUCUCAUCUGUUGCUCAUCCUACAACACAAGCAAUACCUGCAAUGCAAGCAUCUUCAGCAUCUCCAGUUUCUCAAGAAAUGGUCUCAAAUGCUGAGAGUGUCCAAGAUAUCAAACCUUUUGUUGGUGGGAUGCCUCAGCCACUGCAUGCUGGUGGAGCCAAUGUGAAUCUAUUGAACAAUCUAUCUCAAUUACGGCAAGUCAUGAGCUCUGCAGCUCUUGCUGGGGCAACUUCAUCGGUUGGGCAAAGUGCAGUGGCUAUGCAUAUGUCGAAUAUGAUAUCCACUGGAUUUCCUCCAUCUUCUUUGCCUUCACAAACUGUUAUUUCAUCUUGUCAACAGGGAAUUACUUCAGUGCCUGGUUCAGGCACUCUUAUGGGGACUACGCAAGUGGGACAAAGUUCAGGUCCUAAUUCCUAUAGUUCUCCAAUGGCCAAUGUUUCUGGAAGUUUGGACAUUGGUGUUCCUCAAUCGAUGCCAGGAAUGAACCAAGGAGGUCAUCCUGGAGCACAAAUGGUUCCAGGUGGAAUAGUGAUGAGCCAAAACUUGAUGAGUGGUCUUGGUCAAGCUAAUGCCUCUUCUGGGACUGGUUCAAUGAUGCCUAUACCAGGAUUUUCCCAGGAAGUGCAAUCAGGAACACAGCCGCUUAGUGUCAGUAACAGUUCAGCUAGUAAUAUGCAGUUGUCGCAGCAAUCGUCGGGUGCUAUGCAGAAUCCGCAAUCCAAAUAUGUGAAAGUCUGGGAGGGAAAUUUAUCUGGGCAAAGGCAAGGACAGCCUGUUCUUAUCACCAAGCUUGAGGGUUACAGAAGCGCUUCUGCAUCUGACUCGUUGGCAGCCAAUUGGCCACCAACUAUGCAGAUAGUUCGUCUCAUAUCCCAAGAUCAUAUGAACAACAAGCAGUACGUUGGUAAAGCUGAUUUCCUAGUUUUCCGGGCCAUGAGUCAACAUGGAUUUUUAGGACAACUUCAGGAAAAGAAGCUUUGUGCAGUAAUCCAACUACCGUCGCAGACAUUACUGCUAUCAGUGUCCGACAAAGCUUGCCGCUUGAUUGGAAUGCUUUUCCCUGGGGAUAUGGUUGUGUUUAAGCCGCAAAUCCCGAGCCAGCAACAACAACAGCAACAGCAACAGCAGCAGCAGCAACUCCAGCAACAGCUGCAAACCCAGCAACAACAACUGCCGCAGCUCCAUCAGCAGCAACAACAACAACAAUCACAAUCGCAGCAGCAGCAGCAGCUAUCUCAGCUCCAACAACAACAACAACAACAACAACUACAGCAGUUCCAUCAGCAGCAGCUCUCGCAGUUCCAACAUCAGCAGCAGCAACCGCUGUCUCAGCUGCAGCACCACCUCCAACAGCAGCAGUCACAGAUGCCGCCGCAGCAAAUGGUCGGGUCGGUGAUGGGCGGUGUUCAGUCUUUCGGCCAAGUCCCUGUUAGAUCCCAAGUUCCACCUAACAUCCCCGGUCCUGCCUUCUUGGGUUAAACCCCUCCUCUUUCAGGAAGGCUUUGUACGGAAGUUUCUAGAAGUUGCAUUCUUGAAAGAAAAAAAAGGCUGAAGAACAAAUGCUUUGGGCGCAUAAUAGCAAGAUUGAAAUUGGAAUUUGCAAAUUCACAAAAGAUGGUGUAGAGGCAAACAAGCACACAAAAACAUGAAAAUUUCCCUCUGCUGCUGUCUUUUCUCGAGCUGGUGGGUCUCAUCCAUCAAACUCACAUGACACUACGGUCCAAAACAAUUCACAUAAUUGAGUGUCCUUAGCACCAACUCCUCAAACAUGUCAAUUCAAUCUUUUCCUUAAAGCUGUUGAGUUGCUCUUAUAAUAUAUGAUUCCACCUUUCAUGAUGUA